CAACCGGAAGUACGUCUAACUGGAGCGCGUGACUCUGUUUUUUCAAAAUGGUGACUGGUUGGCGCGAUAAUUCUGUCGGAGUGUUUUUGUCUUCAUGGUAGAGUUUAAGGAAGUUUGAUAGAGAGCUAGCUGUGUUUGUGAGAGUUGAAAAUGUCUAAAGUCCACACACUGAGAGGUUUAGUGAAGCAGAGACUGACUGCGGCUGCUGAAGAGAUAUUUGAGCUGUUUGAAAGAACGAUAGCAGAGUACGAGGAGCAACUUAGUCGAUCAGCAGAGGAGAACCAGCGACAACAGAAACUACUGGACGCUGUUUACAACCCGGAAGUCCUCUUAGACAGAGCAGUGUUUCCUGCAGAUGUCCAGCAUCUGUUGGAGAGUAAAGAAGAGCUUCCCUUUGAGCAGCAGGAGAGGAUCCCCAGUCCAGACCAGGAGGACCCAUCAGAUCCAUCACACAAUAAAGAGGAACAGGAGGAACUGUGGAGCAGUCAGGAGGGAGACCAGCUUCAAGGACUGGAGGAGGCUGAGACCACCAAGGUCACAUUGACUCGAGUCCUUUUGAAGAGUGAAGAUCAUGAUGGAGAGAAACCUCAGUCCUCACAGCUGUCUCAAAUACAAACUGAACAGAUGGAGACAGGAGCUGAUGGAGAGGACUGUGGAGGAACAGGCAGGAGCGGGGAUCCAGAUAGUGAGGUCACAACAGAAGACUCUUCUGAAGCUGAGACUGAAGACAGUGAUGAUUGGGGAGAGACGACAGAACAUCAGUCAGGGUUAGACUCUGUGAAGCAGAGAAAUAAAGAAAGACCAGAGACGAAGAAACCACACUGCUGCUCUGAGUGUGGGAAAACAUAUAAGAAGAAAGGACUGCUAGCUGAUCACAUGAGGACUCACACAGGAGAGAAACCCUUCUGCUGCUCUCAGUGUGGUAAAAAGUUCACUCAGAGGCCAUAUCUGAAGCGUCAUGAGAGGGUUCACACAGAAGAGAAACCCUACAGCUGCUCCGAGUGUGGGAAGACAUUUAUCAGGAAAUCGCAGCUUGUUGAACACAUGCACAUUCACCAGGGGAUUUAUCUCUUCAGCUGCUCCAAGUGUGCUCUAAGAUUCACUCACAAGGCAUAUCUGAGGCAGCACGAGAGAAUCCACACAGGAGAGAAACCAUUCGGCUGCUCCGAGUGCGGGAGGGGAUUUCUCUACAAACAAGAUCUGGACAGACACGCAUCAAGUCACAAGGCGGAGAAACCCUUCAGCUGCUCAGAGUGUGGUAAAACAUUUCGCUACAGCAGGCUUCUGAGCCUCCACAUGCGCCUUCACAAGGAGGAGAAACCCAUCAGCUGCUCCGAGUGCGGGAAAAGAUUUACUCAGGAGCGGUAUCUAAAGCAGCACAUGAGAACGCACGCCGAGGACAAACCGUUCAGCUGCUCCAUCUGCGGGAGGGGAUUCCUCCACGCGGAAGCUCUGCGCAGACACACGGCAGGUCACGGGGAGAAGAAGUCCUUCGGCUGUCCGGCGUGCGAGAAAACAUUCAAGGUGAAAAGCCGACUCAGCAGACACAUGAUUGUUCACACCAGAGGGAAACCGUCGAGCUGAUCUGAGCAUGCUUACAGAUUUACUCUUAAAGGGAACCUGAGCUUCUGGAUUAAAGUUUUAUGAGUAUGCAGUUUAGUUAGUCACAUAGUAUGUCAGGUUAGGAGAAACCUUAGAGCUGCACACGUGUCAGACUCUAAAGGUUAACCUCAGGGAUGUUAGUUCUAUAAUGAUGAAUGCAUAUCUCUGAAUUGUGUUUAUAUAUGUUGUUUACCUCAUAGAGUUCAUGUAAACGCUCUCACACUAACUCUGGCUCAGUUUAUCAGGUUAUUAAAGUGACUUCCUGUUUCAGGGUUAGUGAAGCCAGAUAACCAGGAAGUGUUUGUUUAUGUAGUUCUGAUUGUAGUUCUGAUUGUGUUGCUGCAGGGCACCUCUGUAGACCUCGGUCUCAGCGGGUCCUCUCUGUUGAAAUAAAGAUAAAUGAAACACUAAUAA